CCAAGUCAACCUUGAAAGAACCAGCCUUUUCCAAUAAUAACCUCUCCAGCCACGAAAAAGAAGAAGAAAUGGCGAACAAGCUCAAAGUCAACGAACUCCGUGCAAAGCUCGCCGAGCGUGGACUUAUUACUACCGGACUCAAACCCGUUCUGGUGGAGAGGCUUGAAGAGGCUAUCGCAGAAGACGCAAAGAAGCAAGAAUCGAAGAGCAGGAGGAAAAGAAACAGAGACUCUACAGAUGGUACAGAUGGUUCGAACAAGUUGAUUGCACUCAGCGAGUUUCGUGAGAUGAAUGUGAAGGAGUUGCGUGAGGAAGCUAGUAAGAGAGGCUUAGCUACAAAGGGUACAAAGAAGGAACUUCUUGAGAGGCUCUGCAAUGAUGAAGAUGACAUGAAUGGAUUUGAAGAAGAGAAAUCAACAAAGAAGGGAGCAGCGGUAUUGGAUCAGUGGAUUCCUGAUCACGUAAAGAGCGAGUACCAUGUUCUACAAAGGGGUGAUGAUGUUUAUGAUGCCAUGUUGAACCAGACAAAUAUCAGGGAUAAUAAUAACAAGUUCUUUGUCCUACAAGUGCUAGAGUCAGAUAAUAAGAAAACAUAUAUGGUCUACUUCAGAUGGGGAAGAGUUGGUGUAAAAGGACAGAGUAAACUAGAUGGGCCUUAUGACUCAUGUGAUAUUGCAAUAGAAUUAUUUAGCAACAAGUUCUAUGACAAGACAAGGAAUCAAUGGUCUGAUAGACAGGAGUUUAUCCUUCAUCCCAAGUCCUAUGCAUGGCUUGAAAUGGACUAUGGCAAAAACCAAAAUGAUUCAGUUGCAAAUGAUAUUCCCAAAUCAUCUUCUGAAGUUAAACCUGAGGAAUCAAAACUAGAUCCCCAGGUUGCCAAGUUCAUCUCUCUUAUAUGCAAUGUACACAUGAUGGCACAGAACAUGAUGGAGAUAGGAUACAACGCUAAGGAAUUGCCACUUGGGAAGCUAAGCAAGUCCAUAAUAUCAAAGGGUUAUAAAGUUUUGCAGAGAAUAUCGGAGAUGAUUGAGCGGUAUGAUAGAGCAAGGCUUGAGGAACUGAGUGGAGAGUUCUAUACUGUGAUACCCCAUGAUUUUGGUUUCAAUAAAAUGAGUCAGUUUGUUAUAGACACUCCUUAAAAGUUGAAACAGAAAAUAGAAAUGGUUGAGGCAUUAGGUGAAAUCGAAUGGGCGACAAAAUUGUUGUCCAUCGACCAGGGAUUGCAGGAUGAUCCUUUAUAUUAUCAGUACCAGCAACUUAACUGUGGAUUGACACCAGUAGGAGCUGAUUCAGAAGAGUUCUCUAUGGUUGCCAAAUACAUGGAGAACACUCAUGCAAAAGCGCAUUCAGGAUACACAGUUGAGAUUGCUCAACUAUUUAGAGCUUCAAGAGCUGUUGAAACUGAUAGAUUCCAACAAUUUUCAAGUUCGAAGAACAGGAUGCUACUCUGGCAUGGGUCACGCCUCACUAACUGGGUCGGUAUUUUAUCUCAAGGUCCUCGGAUACCUCCUCCGGAAGCGCCUGUAACUGGUUACAGGUUCGGAAAAGGGGUUUACUUUGCCGAUAUGUUCUCCAAGAGUGCAAACUACUGCUAUGCUAACAGUGGUUCCACUGACGGCGUUCUACUCCUCUGCAAGGUUGCUUUGGGAGACCUAAAUGAACUUAUAUAUCUGGAUUAUGAGGCGGAUAAUUUGCCCCCGGGAAAGCUAAGCACAAAAGGUGUGGGGAAAACAGCACCAAACCCUUCAGAGGCUAAGACACUAGAAGACGGUGUUGUUGUCCCACUUGGCAAACCAGUAGAUCAUUCAAGCACCAUGGGGAUGUUAUUGCACAACGAAUAUAUUGUCUAUAAUACGGAACAAAUCAAGAUGCGAUACGUGAUCCAAGUCAAAUUCAACUACAAGUAGUGAACACUGAAGUAGUA